CCCGCCUCCUUCCUCCUUCUUCUUCCUCCUCCUGCGGCUCCUCGUCGCCAUCUUCAUCUUCAUCAUGGGCUUCGGUGACCUGAACUCUGCUGCAGGCCUCAAGGUGCUGAACGGCUUCCUGGCGGAGCGCAGCUACAUAGAGGGGUUCGUGGCGUCCCAGGCUGACGUAGCGGUGUUCGAGGCCGUCUCAGCAGCGCCCCCUGCUGACCUGUGCCACGCGCUGCGCUGGUUCAACCACAUCAAGUCCUACCAGAGCCAGAAGAGCAGUCUUCCAGGUGUGAAGAAACCUCUGGGUCAGUACGGCCCCGCCGGAUUGGCCGACAGCACGCAGAGCUCCGCCCCCGCCAAGGAGGACGACGACGAUGACAUCGACCUGUUCGGCUCCGACGAGGAGGAAGACGCUGAGGCCACCCGGCUGAAGGAGGAACGUCUGGCUCAGUACGCCGCCAAGAAGUCCAAGAAGCCCGCCCUCAUCGCCAAAUCCUCCAUCCUAUUGGACGUGAAGCCGUGGGACGACGAGACGGACAUGUCCAAGCUGGAGGAGUGUGUCCGCAGUAUUCAGAUGGACGGGCUGGUCUGGGGACAGUCUAAACUGGUUCCCGUCGGUUACGGCAUCAAGAAACUGCAGAUUGGCUGCGUGGUGGAAGACGACAAGGUGGGGACAGACAUCCUGGAGGAGCAGAUUACGGCGUUCGAGGACUUCGUCCAGUCGAUGGACGUCGCUGCUUUCAACAAAAUCUGAAACAAUAAAAACGUGAAGAGCACAAAA